ACCACAAACAGAACCAGGAAGCUCCUUUCUAAAAAAACGAAACUCAGAAAGUUUGUUUUCUAAGUGAGUGUUUGAGUUCAGGAAAAUGGCAGAAGCCAGUAUUUCAAUAGAUCAGGAUCAUUUCAGCUGUCCAGUGUGUCUUGAUUCUCUGAAGGAUCCUGUGACUACUCCUUGUGGCCACAAUUUCUGUAAGGUGUGUAUUAAUGGCUUCUGGGAUCAGGAGGAUGUGAAGGGCAUCUACAGCUGCCCCCACUGUAGAGAGACUUUCACUCCAAGGCCUGUUCUACACAGGAACAACAUGCUGGCUGAAGUUGUGGAGAAACAAAAUAAGGCUGAACUCCAAGCUGCUUCUCCUGCUCACUGUUACGCUGGACCUGGAGAUGUGAAGUGUGAUUCCUGCAUUGGAAGAAAACGCAAAGCCAUUAAUUCCUGUCUGGUAUGUAAGGCUUCCUAUUGUGAAGAUCAUCUUCAACCUCACUAUCAGUCUCCUGCCUGUAAGAAGCACAAGUUAGUUGAAGCCUGUGCAGAGCUCCAAGAGAAGAUCUGCUCUCAACAUGACAAAGCGAUCGAGAUCUACUGUCGUACUGACCAAAGCUUCAUCUGUUUUUUGUGUACGAUGGAUGAGCACAAAGGCCAUGAUACGGUUUCAACUAAAGCAGAAAGAACUGAAAAACAGAAUGAGCUAAAGGAGGAGCAGAUGAAAUCCCAGCAGAGGAUCCAGGAGAAGCAGAAGAAGGUGCAGGAGCUGAAACAGACUGUGGACACUAUUAAGAAGCGUUCACAGGCAGCAGUAGAUGACAGUGAGAGGAUCUUUACUCAGCUGAUCAGCUCCAUGGAGAAAAAGCGCUCGGAGGCGAAGAACCUGAUCAGAGCUCAGGAGAAAGCUGAACUGAGUCGAGCUGAACGACUCCUGAAGCAACUGGAGCAGGAGAUUGCUGAUCUUAAGAGGAGAGUCACUGAGCUGGAGCAGCUUUCACACACACACGAUCACAUCCACUUCCUCCAGAGUUUCCCGUCUCUCUGUGUUUCUCCUGGAUGUGAGGACUCACCCAGCAUCACUGUCAAUCAACAUCUCUCAUUUGAUGGAGUGAGGAAAUCUCUCUCAGAUCUGAAAAAACAAGUCAAGCAAAUCUGUGAGAAGGAAUUCAACAAAAUCCGUCCACAAGCUGCAGCAGUUCAGACAUUACCUUCACAGUUGAAAAACAAAGAGGGUUUUCUGCAGUAUUUCUAUUAUCUGACUCUGGAUCCCAACACAGCACACUGUCGACUCAUUCUGUCUGACAAGAACAGAGUGGUGACAUACAGUAGGACAGAACAGCGAUGCUCUGAUCAUCCAGAGAGAUUUGACUCCUGGCCUCAGGUGUUGUGUAAGGAGAGUGUGUGUGGACGCCGUUACUGGGAGGUGGAGUGGAGCGGUGAGAGAUGGGUGUACAUAGCAGUCUCAUAUAAAGAGAUCAGCAGGAAAGGACAGGGUUAUGAGUGUUUGUUUGGACACAACAGUCAGUCCUGGAGUCUGGAGUGUUCUUCUUCCUCUGUCUCUUUCUGGAAUGACAAAAUUAAGACUGAGCUCCGAGGUCCAGCGUCCUCCAGAAUAGGAGUGUAUGUGGAUCACAGUGCAGGAACUCUGUCCUUCUACAGCGUCUCUGACACGAUGAGGCUCCUCCACAGAGUCCAAACCACAUUCACUCACCCUCUAUAUGCUGGAUUCUGUGUAGGAAAUAACUCAACUGUCAGGUUAUGUGAUCGAAAAUGAAAUGUUAUUAAAAAGGGUUUACAAAAAUUAUAACUGAGGUAUAAGAUUUAAAUUCACUCUGAGCUACAGUGCCACUUUUGUGUGCACAAACUGUAGCACAUUAUUAUUAUUAUUAUUAUUAUUAUUAUUAUAAUUAUUAUUAUUAUCUAACUGCAUCUUUUCUAUAGAUUAAUCAAUUACAUAAGUAAUCUCUUAAUGCAGAAUGUAGGAUGUUUCUAGAAAAAAACAAAUGUUAUCAAAUAUACUGUUUAACUGUAUGCAUUAGUAGCAAAUCUAUUAUACUGAUAUGAAAAGUUUGCAUGUCUCAAAAAAUUCUGUUUUGGUUUUGGCAAAGAAUGUUUCUUUUGAAAUAAUAAAACUUACUCAAACCGC